CUCAGUUUGAAAAAUUAAUUAAUUGUAUCAUUUUUCUUUUAAUAAAAAAUUAAAACGGGUCCCACAGACCCGAACACCACACAAGGGUUAAGUCAUUUACAAAUGUAUCAACUAAUCGAUUAAUCUUAGGAAAUAAUCGACAGGUUACUCCAUAAAUGGAAAAACUGUCAUUAAAGUCGCAACGACUCGUUUACCCCGAGAGAACGUGAGACGAGAGAAGUUCCCGUUUCCCGACGGUACGUGAAGGCAGCGCAGUGUGGCCCGGUGUGUGGAGUCAUCAUCAGUCAGGAGUUUGACGGGAGUGUCACUCUCUUCCUCCCGUAUGUUGGAGCUGUGUGCGGGUCGGUCAUGGCUAAACAGUACGACAUUCUGUUCAGGCUGCUCCUGCUCGGGGACUCGGGCGUCGGGAAGACGUGCAUGUUGCGCAGGUUUACGGAUUGUGAAUUUGAUCCGUCUCAUAUUUCCACCAUCGGAGUUGAUUUUAAAAUGAAAACAUUAGAGAUAGAUGGAAUUAAAGUGCGAGUACAGAUAUGGGACACAGCCGGUCAGGAGCGCUACCAGACCAUAACCAAACAGUACUACAGGCGGGCACAGGGCAUCGUCUUUGUGUACGACAUCACGAGCGAGCAGUCCUUUCAGCACAUAGCGAAGUGGGCCAGUGACGUGGAUGAAUAUGCGCCGGACAAAGUGCAAAGGAUGCUGGUAGGAAACAAGUGUGAUGAUGAGCUGAGGAGGCAGGUGACGAAGGAGCAAGGGAGCAAGCUUGCACAAUCCUAUGACAUGGAGUUCUUUGAAACCAGUGCUUCAAACAACAGCAACAUUCGCGAGGUAGUCUUGAAUGGAGGAACUCCCUGCGUUCACACGUGUGACAGAACUGGUGCUGCAGGCUCACAACAGAGACGCGGACAACUUGUUGUCGUCGCUGGACGAUUAUUUAGAAAAGGCUGCUCUGGAGGAAGAGAAGGGGAGUAAAGACGCUGUCAACAGCUGCGCCUGUUAGGAAGCCAGCUGCUCCGUGGAGGCUCAUACCUACACACGUUCACCGUGAUCUGACUCUGGCACUCUGGAGGUUUCAUCAUUUCAUUGAUGGUGGUAAAUGCAGUUACCAGUGGCUGCCAGCAGAGGGCCACUUUUGUGGCCUGAUCACUUCACCUGUUACCAGUUGAGGCAGGGACUGUUAUUGCUCUGGCCCUUUUUAGCAUUAUUUAUCAGAAAAUACACACUCUCCCCAGUGUUUCUCAGUGAAACGCAGUUUUGCACAGUCUUUCUUGUCGCUUUCAAUUUGAUCUGCCUUCUCUCUAUAUCAACAAAUUCACAUAUGUAUGUAUAUAUAUGUGUGUGUAUAUAUAUAUAUAUAUAUAUAUACAUAUAUAUAAAUAUAUGGUGAUUUUAUAAUAUUCACGUUCAGUUUUUAUGCGUGUUAAUUUUGUCAUCUAGAAUGAUUAUUUUAUGAAUGGGACUGGCUCCGCCUGCUGAAUGCUCCACUGUGAAGCACCUGCUGCUUAGUGUAAUGUUUCCCGGGUCGGCUGCGGUGCCACAGCCAAUGUCAUUUAUAGUUAUUGUAUGGUUAUUGUAUGAAUUCUGGGGAAGUUGUGUUCAAGUUUUGUAUUAAAACGUCAUGACUUGGG